AAGUAAACAAUAAAUAAACAAUACCGUUGAUUCAUUGAUGUAACUGGUGGCUGGAACUACGUCAUAUUCCUGCGUCACAGCUCAGGAACCUGGCAACCCGCUAAACCCCGAGCAGGACGUUCCGUCAGGAUCUCAGGUGGAUGUGGCGGUGUCUUAGCUCCGCCCCCUGGCAGCGGGGGGGCUCUGUGCUCCUGCAGGCCGCCGCCCCGCCCCCCACUGAGGUAAACAGGAAGCUCAUCAGAUCAAAUCCACUGAUGGCGUGUCGCAGGGUGAUGACAUCAGCAUCAGUCUGGAGUUCAGGACUCCGCCCCCCGACAGCAGACAGUCGCUCAGCGGGUCCAGAUCCAGGUGCAGGUCCGGGCCGGGACAUGGACCUGGACCCGCUGCAGGACGGUUCACUGGGUUUGGUUUCCAGGUUCAAACGAACAUUGCAGCAGUACGGAAAAGUCCUCAUCCCAGUUCACCUGAUCACCUCGGCUGCCUGGUUCACCUGCUUCUACCAGGCCGCCGCCAAUGGGAUGGACGUGGUUCCACUUCUGCAGAACAUUCCAGGUUUUCCAGAGAAAAUCCUGAACCUGCUGGAGAACUCACACAGCGGCUGCACCCUGACUGCCUACGCCCUCUACAAGAUCUCCACGCCGGUCCGGUACACCGUCAGCCUGGGCGGAACCUCACUGUCCAUCAGGUAUCUCCGUCGUCAUGGUUACAUGUCGACGCCACCACCUGUUUCUGAGUUGAUGCAGGAAAAGAUGGACAAGACGAAGGAGAAGCUGAGUGAGAGAUUUCAGGAGACCAAGGACAAAGUCGGCUUACGGAGGAAGAGGGACUGACAACAAACACACAAACAACGAAGGAGGUAAAGGACAGGAAGAAAACAGGAAGCCGUGUGUUUACUUCCUCUUUACAGAGUCAGCUGUUGUCUGGAUGAGGUGUGGAUGGAAAAUAUUUAAAAUAAUUUAAUUGUAUUUAAAUGUGAAGGAGGAGAUUUGGGAGUUAAGAAAAGUAAAAUCUGUUAAAAACAUGAAGUUUGAAAAUAAAACCAUUUCUAACAAAUUGAAUGAUUUUUUCCCUUCAUGUUGUUUUGUUUG